UUUUCAUCACCUUUGCUAGAGGGACCGGUAAAACAGAAAUAUUAGACGCGGGACGACAAUUUAGCGGGCACAGUCAGUUGUCGGUUGGCAUUCGUUGCGAAAGUUUAGUGCCGGAAGGAUCCUAUCGUCGGAAUUUCGGCGUCAGUCUUUCCUAUUUAACGGUAUACAGCUAGUGUGUGGUUGAAUUGAGCUGUUACGAAAGUAUACUUGUUCACGGAAUUCGCAUUGUUUCAACAGUUUUGGGAUUGUUUUCCAUUCAAUAGAAAUCCCACAACGCAAGUGUUUUGUCGUGCUUUGAAUAAUUAGUGCUCAUCAGGAUCACAUUCGUGGAGAAAACACCUGUGAAUAAAAAGCAGCAUACAGAACAUUUAGGUACAAUCACAAUUUUUUCACCUGCAAGUUUCAGUGAGAAGUGCUGGUCACGAGAUCAUUGAAUAGCGUCUUAACUACUCUCGCUUCGACCUUGACUGAUCGUGUGAAUCACAAAUCGUUACGGCAGCCAUUAGCGAGAGGCACACGGCGGCGCAGAAAGCAGAGUAGGGAAAUAUUCAAAUUGUACUCAAUUGUUGUGCCGCCACCAGCGAGUGGUCAGUUUAGUUUCGAGUGCGGACUGAGAAGGAAUUUCCACCUGAGCUGAGGCGGAAAUUUUAUGCUAUGCAGUAAAGAGGAUUUGAAACAGUGCACAACAAAAAAUCACCACAAUCCGGUUCCACAGUGUUAGAAGUGAACAUGGCCAACAACGAUCGACAAGUGAGAGUGCCUAAAAAUAAGUUGAAAGCAUGCGCGUUGUGUGUGCUGAUUUGCUUAGCAAGCUUGAUCGAAGUGAGUGAAGCGCGCAAAGUUGCAACUGGUCGUGUAACAAAGCCCACUGCUAAGCGGGGCUAUGCAAGCCCGGACAUUGCUAAGUUAAGUUAUUCACAAAGCCAUGCUGCUCCGGCACCGAAGCCGGCUCCUGCGCCCGUAGCGUCCGCACCCGCCCCGCAACCAGGAAGACCCAUUGGCUGGAAUGUGCAAAAUAGUGCACCUCCGCCAUACUCUGCUCAUCCGAAUCACGGAUCUCCGCCACAAUUUUCCCCACAGGCCAAUCCAACGUUUGCACAUGGCAAUCCAGCAUUCCCACCACCCCCUAUGCAACAGGGUUCACCAGGAGGAUUUGGAAGCGCACAUGCUCCUGCCACGAAUACAGGAUUCCCAUCACAGCCUCCUCAAGGAUUCCCAGGUGCUCCAUUUGGUCAGCCUGGUGGUGGGAUCGCUCCGAUGUCUAAUGCAGGAUUCCCGCACCAGCCUGCUCAAGGAUUCCCCGGAUCCCCUGUGGCCCACCCUGGAGGUGGGUUUGCUCCGGUUCCUAACGCUGGAUAUCCCUCGCAGCCUGCUCAGGGUUUCCCAGGGGCAGUUCCGAUGGGUCAACCCGGUGGUUUCCCACCAGCAGGUUAUCCUCAGCAGCCUGGUUAUCAGCAGCCAGCGGUUGGUGGAUUCCAACCACAACAACAACAACCAGCAACAGUCAUUCAUCACUACGAACAACCAUCGUCCGGAAGUAGCGGAUUAGGAACAGUUCUAGGAGCAGGUGUGGCUGGACUUGCCGCAGGCGUUGGCGGAGCAGCACUUUACGACGCUCUUAAACCGAAGGAUUCGAAGGAAGCCGCACCGGCAGUUACGGAACCUACCACAACUACCACAACCACUACUCUGGCACCUAUAAACCCUAAUGGGGAUGCCCCGUUGGCUCCACUUGUGCCGGAUCCCAACGGUGAAGCGCCACUUGCUCCACUUCCAGCUCCUGUCAGCCCCGUUAGUGAAACUCCCCUGGCACCAAUCCCUGCUGCACCAGCAAAUCCAAACGGUGAAACUCCCCUAGCGCCAAUUCCUGUGAUCCCGUCAAACGGAGAAACAUCACUCGCGCCACAACCAAUGGAGACCACUGUCGCCGCGUCCGAAAGUAGCAGCCCUUCCAGUGAAAACCCCCUGGGAAUGGCCCCUCUAGCGCCACUUCCUGUCUCUGAAGAUACCCCAACGUCUUCAACACCAUCCGAAGCCACAUCUUCCGCAACGGCCGCCGCCGAUCUCACGACUACCCCCGAGAACCCCCUGGGAUCGGUCCAACUCGCAGCCUUUCCGGUUGCCGUAAAUGCUUCAUCCUCUGAGGUGCCCGCCGAGAAAGUGACCCCCGCGGCAGCCUCAACCAUAGCGCUGGAGGCACCGAACGCUGCCCUCAGCAUUCAACCGAACGAAGCCGCAGUUGGACCAACGAAUGCGCCUCAGCUCAGUGCCCAGCAGAUGGCUGGCGGGAAGGGUCACCAGCUGGAAAUUUCCACCUUCUUGCUGCUUGUUCCGGCGAUCUGUAAGUUCCUGCUGUCGUGAAGUGGUUUGAGAUUUUUUUGGGGCGUGACAAUGUGAUUCCAAAGAUAUGCGAAUAAAAAGACAACAAAAAAAAAACGGGAGAGAUGAUUCAAAAUCAUUCCAUUCUUAUCAGGUUGAUCUAUGUUGAAGUAGGUACUUUCGAACGCUAUUGUUUGUUUCUUAGGUUAGUUAGGACACGUUGAGUGCACCAUUGAUUUUUGAUUCACGCAAGUGCGAUUGUUAGAGGUAUUUCGAAUAUAAACGUCACAAAGUGAGUGUUGAAAAAAAAUCGCUUUCAGUUAAUUUAUUUAGAGAACAUCCCUCAUCA